AUGUUUAAGCUACCGAGCAAUGCGUUUGCAAAUGUGAAGUGUCCAAGUCUCGAGCAAACCGGGUGUUGCAAUAUCCCGAAUUGCUUUUUUCGCCAUGAUCUGGCCAAGAGGGCGUUGGAAAAAACCGAAGAAAGCCAUAAACGGGCAAAAUCAGAUGCCUCCAUAGCUUCAGCAAACCCUGUAAGGAAAGACAUCCUGUUUGUGCUUCCGAAAGAAUUGCAUUCCGAAGUGUUGAUUCCACGUAUCGAAAGAUCGGAAAAUGCCAAAGCAAUUGCAAGACUCAUGCACAGCACCAAGUCCACCCCCACGCCCAACCGCCUGGCGGUAGAAAAAGAAUUCAAAAUCGCAAGCGAAUGUGUCAAUUUGGGAGAUUACCGGAAAAGAAUCAAUACCUUUUUGGGAGUCAAGCACGACCAUAGCCAUGCCACGGAUCCCAAACAUAUAUUCCCCCUUGACGUGAACCAUUCGCCUGCUCUUCUCCCCGUGCGCCGUAAGUUUAUCCAGCUUUUUGUAGAUGCCAUCAAAACGCAAAAUCCCUCGAUGGAAACACCCGUUUGGGCGGCAAUCGAGGAGGAGUUCAAGGUCGCCAGCUCCAACUCCAGCUCCACUUACAGCUGGGCCGUCAAGCGAAAACUCUACGAGAUGAACCACCCAGAAAAAUUAAAAAAACCUGCUUCUCGAGUACCAUCCAGGGAUGAGUAUCUUCGAGAAUUGCGCAACUUGUGUAUUCCACGGGAGAAACUCAAGAAAUGGGGGUUCAUCAUGGAUAUACCGGCUGCAAUCGAUGCUCCAGAACCCGUGCGCCACUGCAAUAGGUGUAAGAUGGAGUUCAAACUCGAAGAGUCCUCCAAGGCAGUAGACUGCAGGUAUCACCAGGGCCGUUUGAUCAAGAACGACCACAAGGUCCGUGUAUAUCUGUGCUGUGGAGGAGUGUUUGGAGAGACAGAUACGGAACCCUGUACCAAAGGUGAGCACCACGUGUUCUACUGGACUAGUCCCGAGGAAAUGCAUCAUUUUCUUCCCUUCAUCGAAACUAAGCACGCAUGGGGAACGCGGAAGGGUAGUCUUGAUGCUGUUGGAAUCGACUGUGAGAUGGGAUUUACCACUCAAGGGUUUGAGCUUUUGAGAAUCACAGCAAUUGAUUUUUCUUCGGGAGAGGAAGUCUUGGAUAUCCUCGUGCGGCCCAAAGGAAAAGUGCUCGAUUUGAAUACCCGGUGGUCUGGUGUGGCCGAAAUUAAAGAGGAGGCACUUUCCUUCGAGGAUCUGAUCACCUUGUUAGGCGAGAUUGUGGAUGCCAAUACGGUCAUGAUAGGCCACGGGUUGGAAAACGACAUGAACGCUAUGCGGCUAAUCCACGAGAACAUCGUCGACACGGCUGUGCUCUACCCAAAAUAUAAGACAUCACCCACGUUUCGGUUCUCGCUCAAGCAGUUGAGUUUCCAAUACUUGGGUCGUGCGAUUCAAGCUGGCGAGCAUGAUAGUGGAGAAGACUCGUUGGCAGCGAUUGACGUGACAAAGUACUUCAUCAAGCAAGAUCUUGAGCGCGCUUGGAAUGGACAUAGUUGA